AUGGUAAUGGAAUUAGGAACUGGCUUCACCGACGAUCCAACAACGAUAGCGGGAGAAUUAGCGCAGCACUACGAGGAGAGGUCUGCUACCUCAUCGUAUUCCCUUUCCUUUCGAAAAAUAAAAGAAAAGGCGGAGAAAAACCACAUCGAAACAUCUAAUGACACGGAGGACUUGUAUAACAGCGACUUCUCACUAACCGAACUUUUGUGGGCACUCGACAAAGGGCGUAGUAUGUCGACCGGCCCUGACAACAUCGGGUAUCCCAUGAUUCAGCGACUCCCGUCCUCCGUUAAAUCAGCUUUGCUGGAGCUCUUAAACAGAGUGUGGCGAAAUAAGCUGGAGAGAUCACUGCCAAACAACGAUGAACACUGUCUGAUGGCAUCUCUAGACCUAUCCAAAGCCUAUGACACCACAUGGCGAUACGGCAUCCUGCGUACGCUGGAAAAAUGGCGGAUCCGAGGACGAAUGCUGAAUAUGAUGCGAAGCUUUUUAUCUCAAAGGUCAUUCCAAGUAACCGUAGAAGGACAGCUGUCCCGUGUACAUAACCUAGAAAAUGGAGUUCCCCAGGGCUCGGUGUUAUCUGUUACGCUGUUUCUCGUUGCUAUGCAACCCGUCUUCCGAGUAAUACCUUCUGGGGUCACUGUUCUCUUGUACGCAGACGAUAUCCUGCUCGUGGUGAAAGCGCAUAAAGACCAGCCAUUAUACAGGAAGUUGCAAGCAGCUGUGAAAGCCGUCGAUAAAUGGGCGAAAAGUGUCGGCUUCACAAUCUCUGCAGCCAAAUCCAGCACCUUCUACGGAAGUCCAAAUGUGCGAAGAGAACCCGUCAGCGAUAUCACCAUUGAGCGAGUACCUAUACCAAAAACAAACGUGCUGAAAAUUCUUGGCGUUAUGAAGUUGCAAGCAGCUGUGAAAGCCGUCGAUAAAUGGGCGAAAAGUGUCGGCUUCACAAUCUCUGCAGCCAAAUCCAGCACCUUCUACGGAAGUCCAAAUGUGCGAAGAGAACCCGUCAGCGAUAUCACCAUUGAGCGAGUACCUAUACCAAAAACAAACGUGCUUAAAAUUCUUGGCGUUAUGUUAGAUCGAAGCUUCAGAUUCAGUACACACUGUAGGCUUACUAAAAAGAUGUGCGAUCUAAGGCUUAGAAUCCUGAAAAUUCUCGGAGCAAAACUUAACCGUGGACACCGUAUCUCGCUGCUGAAAAUUGGAUCAGCUAUCGUCACAUCCAGGCUUCUCUAUGGUGUGGGCCUAAUAACAAGAGGUAACCAAACUGCAAUACAGACACUAGCGCCAGUAUACAAUCGCAUGAUAAGACUCGCGUCGAGGGCAUUUGUUACCAGUCCUAUUCAUUCAAUUUUGGCAGAAGCAGGUACUUUACCAUUCAACCUGCUUGUGUUGCAAAGCACAGUUCGAACCGCAAUACGCAUUCUAGAGAAGGACUCCAGAAAUACAGAUCUACCUUUAGUUGAGCGAGCUAGAGAACAACUGCUAGAUACGACCGGGGAAACAAUCCUAACGAUAUGUCUGCGAGAGAGAUUAAAUACCCGUGCAUGGAAUACCCCUCCCCCAUCUGUUGUGUGGGACAUCAAGCGAAGAAUAAGAGCUGGAGGCUCUUCCAGUACAGUACGUCCCCUAGUACAAGAGCUGCUGUCAAAUUGUUUCCAACGAUAUACGGCCCUUUACACGGAUGGUUCAAAGUGCAGCGAGACAGUAGGUGCAGGACUUUUUGGCAACGAUCUGAUGCUCUCAGCUAGCCUUCCUCCACAGUACAGUGUUUUUUCGGCAGAGGCCUAUGCCAUCACAAUGGCACUGACACAGCAUACUGGUACAAAUCGUAUAGUAGUUCUAUCUGACUCUGCGAGCUGUCUGUCGGCACUUGAAGCUGGCAAAUCAACGCACCCGUGGAUUCAGAAAAUAGAAAGAUUAGCACAAAAUAAACCGAUUGAAUUUUGCUGGAUCCCGGGUCACGCUGGAGUCUACGACAAUAUUGAAGCAGACCGAUUAGCUGGUGAAGCAAGAAACAGCGAACCACUACCACUAUCGAUCCCAGCAGACGAUGCAACAAGAGAAAUUGAACGCACAAUUCGACAACACUGGAACAGCCAGUGGUUCUCUAUGCUUAGCUUCUUAGCGGGGUCAAGUGGGAAUGCAAACAUUGACUAA